AUGAGGAGGGGGAACCAGAGCUGUGUGUCUGAAUUCUUCCUCCUGGGACUCCCCAUCCAGCCAGAGCAGCAGGGCCUAUUCUUUGCUUUGUUCCUGGGCAUGUACUUGAUCACGGUGCUGGGGAACCUGCUCAUCAUCCUUCUCAUCCAACUGGACUCCCGUCUGCAUACCCCCAUGUACUUCUUCCUUACUCACUUGGCCCUCACUGACAUUUCCUUUUCAUCUGUCACUGUCCCAAAGAUGUUAAUGAGUAUGCAAACCCAGGAUCAAUCCAUUCCCUAUUCAGGGUGUGUAGCACAGAUGUAUUUCUUCAUAUUUUUCACUGAUCUGGACAAUUUCCUUCUCACCUCAAUGGCAUAUGAUCGAUAUGUGGCCAUCUGUCACCCUCUUCACUACACCAGCAUCAUGAAAGAAGGACUAUGUAGCUUACUAGUAAUUGUGUCCUGGAUCCUCUCCUGUACCAGUGCCCUGUCUCACACGCUACUCCUGGCUCAGCUAUCUUUUUGUGCUGACAACAUCAUCCCUCAUUUCUUCUGUGACCUUGCAGCUCUGCUCAAGCUCUCUUGCUCAGACACCUCUAUCAAUGAGUUGGUCAUUUUUACAGUGGGAGUGGCAGUCAUUACUCUACCACUAAUGUGCAUCUUGAUCUCUUAUGGCUGCAUUGGGGCCACCAUCCUGAAGGUUCCUUCUACUGAGGGGAUCUGCAAAGCCUUGUCCACCUGUGGUUCACACCUUUCUGUAGUAUCUCUGUACUAUGGCACAAUUAUUGGACUGUAUUUCUUCCCAUCUUCCCGCACUUCCAGUAACAAGAACAUAAUUGCAUCUGUGAUGUACACAGUGGUCACACCAUUGCUGAAUCCCUUCAUUUAUAGCCUAAGGAACAGGGAUAUGAAAGGGGCCUUGAAGAGUCUCUUCAACAGGGCAACAGUCUCAUUGCAAUGA